GCUUCACAGUUCUUCUCCCUAUUUCCUAUGUGGAUGUCUGGGAUUAUACCACUCUCCAAAAAUGGUCCCAUCACAAUUGCGUUCUGGAGUUAAGCUUUAUGGUUCUAUGGUGUAGCGGUUAGCACGCCUGCCUCGGAAAGCAGGAAGCAGAGAGUCCUGCGUUUGAUUCCUAGAUGAACCUCAUGCUUGGCGCUUGCCAGGGGGCAGCCUGUUAACAGCAUGUCUGCUGCGAACACAAGAGUUUCCCAAAUAUGGGAUCAGUAUAGUAUACGUUUAUUUUAUUUAUUUUUAUGUUAAGGUUUAGUCUCGGACUAGUCCGACGUGUUGGAAUCAUGUUGAUGUGUAUAUAUGUGUAUCAUUAACCAAAGAAAAUGAAAAAUGUUAGUUGUAGACCCCCCCAGUUGUCUGAAAGUUUUGCUUCCUUGAAAUCUUCUUCUUCACCGUGACUCAUGUUCACACCGCCGCGUUGCUAACUGGAGGUUUAGUUGCAGCACAUCAAGGAUCAAAUUGCGAAACGUAAACAGCUGAACAACUUACUGGCCCAUCAACAUAAUGCAGAAAUAGAUUGCUUCUCUCUAAUCUCCUCCUCAUCAGGUCACAGAGUAUGGCUCGCCGUCUUUGUGUCCCAAAACGUACGUGUCCCGACUUAAAAUGGUUCAUUUUACACUCCAACGGCUCCGUGCUCGUCGCCGCGUGCCGCCGUGGCAUUACUCACUCUGAGCUCAGAAUGGGAAAAGAUGACAGUGCAGUUUGCUUCAAUCCUCGCGUCCCCAACAUUUGCCUAUUAAGUACAGAAGUCAAGGAAGGAAGCGGGGAGACGAUAAGACAGGUCAUUAAAGUAGAGUGGCGCAGAUGGACGUCCGAGGUGUGUGUCUCACGAAAACAUGGGUCAGAGCUGCGAAUUUGUAUUUAUGUCUCCGUAAACUUGGGCCCUCAGGAACAAAAAUAAAAAUCCUGUUAACAGGAAAACCUUUUUGAACCAGAACAUCAGGAGCAGCAGUGAACAAGAGAGAGAGAGGGAGACAAACACGAGGACAAACUCAACGCCGACAGACGUCCCGCAGACGUGGCCGAGGUUUCAUCCCUCACUGAAGUACAACAGACGGCUGCAGGCCAGCCAAGUGCAUCGACUCGACGGGAGACACCUGCUAGCAUCACCACUAUAUCUAUUUUUGGAAACACUGCACCCAUCGUUCCCCUCCCUCCAGCUUCCUCUCUGAGAGUUACCUCAGUGUAGUUUUGCGUUACUUCCUCCUGUUGGCGUCGUGUCUGAAUUAGAGUGAGAAUAAUUGACUAAACCGCAGAGGCGAACGACCCGAGGAGAGACGUGGGUCCACGGGGGCUUCAUUUCAAACAGAUCACAGCAGGUGCCUCCACCCAUCUAUCCCUCCACCCUGACAUUCCGAAUCAAGUUCUUCCAGUCGGUGAAAUUAUCUACUGUAAAUUAUCAACCGACUGAAAUGAAAAUCUGAGAUUGGUCUAUUUCUGCUGCACGGAUCCCGGAGAAAUUAUAAUUAGAAAUGCCAGUGAUGGGCACUUUGUGUUUAAAAGAAAGGAGGCAGGAAAUGAGACUGUCAGUUCCAAUGAUGUAGGCGUUUCCUUGUAGAUAUUUUUUUUUAGAGGAGAUAAUGAACAGUUCCAGGCCUGGAACAAUGCCAUGACAGGCAGGAAAGAGGGUGGGACAGCAACGCGAUCAACAGCUUGGUAAAGAUAGGCUCUGCUGACUGUCAGUGUUGGACAGAUGGAGGAAAGAAGGAGCUGCAGAGGUGAGGACGCUUCAGGAGAUGAAGGAAAUUAGAGGAGGACGAGGAGACAUGGUGAAGAGGAAAGGUGUGGGAAUGAUGUGACUGUCGCACAUUCGGUGUUGCACGUUGUAACCACCGGACUGAAUCCUUGUGUCAAGAAUUGGCACUGAAAAAAACCCGACCGAACCCUCGUGUUCCCACUUGUUUUUUUGGCUGUUCUCGUUAAAAGUUAAUAAAUAAAGUCUGUGUCUGAGGUGAUCUUAGGGCGUCGUUGUCAGUGUGUGUGCAGGUGUGGAGGUGAAGUACAGACAGUUACCACAGAUGGAUGAUGUCUCUCUGUCUCUCUGUCUCUCAUUAAGGUUGGUAUCGAGAUUCCAUGCAGAUUUAUAGCCAUCUAUCAUUUCAACACAACCUUGACAUUUCCUCUCGGCCAGGCUCACAGCAGCGUUUAUUGAGACAUUACACUGCCAUCUAGCGGGGAAAAAAUAAAAAUAAAACUAACCGGGCAAUAUGUAACUGUUGAGCCUGGAGACUAUCUGAGACAUACACACUUGUCAUUUUAUAUUUCAGAACGUGUAAUAUAUACAACACAAGGCCGACUUUGUAAUCGAACGGUAUUAAAACUUUUACAUUUUAAAUGACUUUUUUUUUUUUUACUAUUUAAAAUAAUGUCAUUCAGCUCUACCUUUUAUCUGCUGCAACAAAAUAUCAUCAGGCACAAAAGUAAAAAGCAACAAACAACAGCAGUGAGAUAUGAGCCGCUCCGGUCUCAUUUUUUUCUGCUGUAGUGUUCGGCUUUAACACCAAAUCUCCUAGCAACAGAGGCCUGUAACCCAUACAACCACAACAGAGCAGAGAGGUGAACCGGUGCCACCGACGACACAGCAGUUGCUCCCAGCCGGGGGGAUUUUUCAAUCCAUCACUGACAGUUCUUGGUGAAGGUUUCUAUUACGGCUGUCGCAGACGGAUGAUUCAGGGAGAAAAGUCAUGUCAGCUGAUGGAGCAGCGGGCACGCCGUCCGGUGACACGCUUGGGUUUAUACACAGAGAAAACACACAUGGCAGAGGAAAAGUUCACUUCACUCCUUUCCUCAGAGGUCCUAGUGCCACCGGCUACACAGCCAAUCAGAGGCCUGCUGUGUAUUACACACCCCACCUGGAUCACACUGACAAUCCUCAGCUAGGCCUCCUGCUGUCUGACUCUUUCACGUCUCAAACCAAACGCCACUAUCAGAGCCACGUCAGCUCGGAUCGUUCGAACCCGUUACCGAACCUGUUCAACAACCGGAGAGACGGUGGCUUCCAUCAGCUGAAGACUCACCAGAGAACUGUGUCCAGCAGUGACGAGACGGAGUACCAGCAGUUUUUUGUGCCUCACCAUCUCACAUCAAAAGCGUCUGUCAAACAUGUGUCUAUUGGACCUAAAGUACCAACUGGUUUUACUGAGGGAGCGGACCUUCACUUCAUCACCUUCCAAGACAAGAAAAGCAGCCUGACAUGUCGGGAACCUCAACGCUCCUCAGUGAUGAAAAGUGACUUUGUUCGUUCACCGUUCGUGCAGGCCACUGAGGCGACGCCAGGCCUGCGCCACCGUUCAUGUCGUGAGACAGGAUUCAGCCGAGACACCGUAGCUCCAAUGGUUCGUCCACAGACACCCGUCUCUGCUCCACCUCAGAUGAGAACCUCCGCUGCGGGACUGAAGUCAAUAAGCAGAAAAGAGCCCACUGGGUUUCUUCUCAAUGGCCCAAACAACCAGGUUUUCCCAAAUGCACCCUUCGGUGUUCCACACUUCACUACACAUUAUAAGAGCACUUUCACUCAUGGCGCUGACUGGAAAUCUGGUCGCACUGAUGCCGGAAUCAUCCCAAAAAUGGACAACGCCUUCAACCACAGGGACACUGACAGGUUCAUCAUCAAAGGUCGAAACGUAGCACGCAUCAAGGCUUGAUUUCGUGUCUGCUUGUGGGAUCCUCUCUUAAAGUGAGGAUUUGCAUGGAUGUCUUUUGUGAAUUUCGGUAAAACAGAACAAUUGGUUCAUUUUUGAAUUCUGAAGUGUUCGCUUUCUUCCGCCUCAGCUUGGUUUCCUAAUCGUUUUGUCAAUGCCUGACAUCCUGCCAGUCGUACAGUUGUGUGAAAUAAUCGGUGUGAAGGAAGUGACUCAUUGUUUCCGACUGCCUCCCUCCCACUGACCUGUGGAGAAUGAGGAAUGGAAACCAAUGUGCAAAAUAAUUACCCUCCAACUAAAUAUGGCGCUGAUUUCCGUGAAAGUCUAUGGUGUCAGAUGGUUUACCACCCACGACUUUUAAAGGAACUGCAGCAGGACUCCAGUUGAGUGCUUCCUAAGAAACCAUGUAAAUCACAGGUCCUCAUCUUGGCACCAAAGACUGUUGGCACCAAGGGGGUCAUUUUUCUUGUAUUUUCUUUAUACGCAAAGUCUGUUUAGCCUUUGUGAUUUGAUUUGUUUCCCAAAUGCCCUUGCAUUCAUUACUGGAGGGUUUUCUUUCACCAAAACUGUGGGAUAAAACUUUUUUGUCCUACCAUGAAUGGUCCACCAAUGUAUUUCUACAGAAUGAAAAUAAAGUAACACCUUUCUGCUCAAUUCAGCCCUAGGAAUUAAACAAUAAUACAAACAAUUGCUGUAAGAAUUUUCUAUAGAACAAAAAUACCCAGAAGACUCUCUGU